CGUCGAGUCCGAUGCCAUCGGACCGGCCGCUCCGAUGGAGGCACGCCGCCUCUUGGGCCGCCUACUCACGCCUUGGGCCGCCUGGGCCGCAACCAGCUUCGCCCUCAGCUGCCGCCGGCCGGCGCGGAGUGGGCUCGAUGCCGCCCUUCCCGCCCUGCCCCGCCGCGGCUGCCAGCACCCGAGCUUCGCGCGAGCCCGCCAGCAUGCACAGGCCCAAGGGGCCAGGGGCUCGGAGUGUGAAGCUAGGAGAGGCGCGCGCCUAUACCCACAUCCCCUUCCCGCGUUGGAGCCCGAUACAACCUUGCCUUCGCUCCAACAGCGAGCGGGGGCGCGGCGCUGGAGUAAGCGAGCUCGGCGAUGGCGAGAGCAAAGAGGCGCGCGCAGCAAGAGAUAUCGCAGGGUGCAAGGGCACGACAGCAAGCCGAGCAUCGCCGAGCCAAGGCCAGCAAGCCGAGAGCUGCCGAGGCUCAAGUCGAGCGCCUCGAGCAAGGUCGAGAAGUCGAGAACUAUCCGGCCAGGCUGCAGUGCCUGGCCUCGAGCCAUGCCUGAGCUCGAGGCUGUGAGCGGCUGCGGAGCGAGAUGCUGCCGCUCUGGCACCGCCUGCACCGCCUUGAGCGGCCUCACACGACAGGGGAUACCAUGACGCUGUGGCGCUUCCAUUUCCCCUUCACUCGAUGCAUUUGCGACUACUUUGAGCCUCUGAUGGCCGAAUGAAGAUGAUUGACAGGA